CCGAGCGUACAUCGGCUGUGUUAACGGACGGUGCGACGGGGCGAUAAUGCCACCACCAUCGUGAUCGACGAGCGACCGUGUGAGAGAGAGAGAGGAUCUUAAACGCCAGUUUGCUACACGCGCGUGCACGUCGUCGAUAUCCGGCAGCGAGGAGGACACGUUGCACCGCAGAGAACGAAGGGAAGAAAAGAGAGAGAGAUAGAGACUGUGGCGACUCGACGGAGAGGCGACCAGAGUGCUCGCACGAGCACAUGGGAGUGCGGAAUUCGCGCGUCCUCGUGGCCGCGGUGGUCUCUCGCAUCUGCUUCUCUUCGCUCAGAUAAGCUCGCAACGAGGUGUCGCAGAACGUUCGUUCGGUCGGUCGGACUCGACGCACCGGAUAUCAUCGCGCGCGCAGUCCUCGCGUGAUCCUCAGUCGAGUCGCGUUCACGAGGGGCUCUCGCUUUUUCCGUCGUUGCACCGGGAACACUGCGGCGCGCGCAACUUUUUCCGGACGUUGUCGGAAAGAGAGAAAGAGGGGGAGAAGAGCGACGUUGCUGCUGAAGGACGGAAAGAAGACUUAGUUUUCGUCCCGAGGGAAGAAAGAUCAGAGAAAGAGAGAGAGCUCUUACGAAGCGUGCGUCGCAGCGAUCGCCUGGUCGGUUGGUCGCCACGGGACAUUCGCGAGGCGGACCGCAGAGUGGUCAGUCGCGUCGUGUGCCCGCGCGAGACCGACAGGGGUGAGACGAUUCGGCGCGCGCUCUCCCCGUACGAGUUUAUCAACGGAGCGCGCUGAAUUGUGAUGCGAGUCGUUGACUGUUAAAUUGAAAGUGUGUAGUGCACGCGGAGAGUUUCUCGCAAGCGUUACGAAAAUGGUGCCGCAACAGCAGGACAGUCCCUCGACCUCGGGGCUUCCUACGUUCGGAUCGUUACUUGUGGAUAAAAAUUCGGCGACACCGUACUCCGAUGCAACCCAGACGAAGAAGAACAAUCCGAACCACAUCAAGCGGCCCAUGAACGCCUUCAUGGUCUGGUCGCAGAUCGAGCGCAGGAAGAUCUGCGAGGUCCAGCCGGACAUGCACAACGCCGAGAUCAGCAAGCGUUUGGGCAAGGUGUGGAAGACGCUGAGCGAGUCGCAGAGGAAACCUUUCGUCGACGAGGCUGAGCGACUGAGGAAGCUCCACAUGGUGGAGUACCCCGACUACAAGUACCGACCUAGGAAAAAGGCCUCGAAGCCGGCCCCGGCGCCGAAGACGAAGGAAAGCAAGAAACGAAAGACCUCAUCGUCCUCGUCGGCAUCGUCGUCGUCCAACAGCUCGGCCUCCGCCGGCAGCAUCCUCGGCAUCUCGUCGUUGUCACCCCUGUCAACGCCGAUCCCCACUAGUCACAGGUCGAGGAACGACACGAACAACAACCACCACCACCACCAGUCGACGUCGGUGAAGAGAUUGCAGUCGCACUCAUCGAGCAGCAGGUCCAUAUCCAGGCUGAAGGUGAAGCUGGCCGCGGAUGAGACUCACGUAGACUACACCCCGGCGCCGCCCAACGUCACUGCCAAGGUGCCGAGCAGUCCAUCCUGCGCCACCCCGGACUCGCCCGAGUCCGCGAUCUUCUACGACGACAAUUUCCCCGAGUGCGCGGCCACGUCAUCCGGCAUGUGCGGCAUCGCCGCUAAGAUCAAGCAAGAGCCGGACAUGGAAAUAGAAUACAAGUCCAGCUUCCCGUCGAAGGGCCGGCUGCUCAGCUCGUCCUUGGAUAUGAUGUCGAGCGACAGAAGCAGGGAGUACUGUCGCGACUCCGGUAACCUCGAGCAGCAACCGCCAGCGGCGUUCCAAGUGAAGGAAGAGCUGAUAGUGAAGGAAGAGCCGAUGGAAACGCGUCCCCUGUCCAGGACAAGCUGCCCGCCGUCGGUGAUGGUGACCGGCAGCCCGACGACGCCGACGCCCCACCUGUCGCCGGUUCUCACGCCUCACCUGUCCCCCGUGCUCCCGUCGGCGUUGAUCAUGCCGUCGCACGUGUCACCGGUGCUCCCGUCGACGCCGACCUUGUCAGCUCACGACAUGUCGCACAUGACGGCAACGGUGAUGCUGACGACGGUGAGCGCGUCGCCCGCGCCGGCCACGGACUCCAUGGCCGCCCUCAACGACCCGCUGGCCAACGACGGCACCCACGUGGUUAAGCUCGAGGAACUGAUUAACGAGGCCGAGCUGUACGGCUUCGACCUGCUGCCGUCGUCCGAGAUGGACCUCGAGCUGGACACCGACCUCGACAGGUAUGACAACACCAGCUCCGUCAACGGCGCGCAGUUCAACUUCAGCCACUCGUCCGACGUCCACGACAUGUUUUCCGACUACAACAGCAGCGAGUGGAAUUUUUGUUGAAAGAUCGAGCGGAGAGGCGAGCGGAAGAGACGGGGGAAGAACUAUGACGACGUCGUCCUCGUCGUCGCUGUUAUCUGGUUUGUAAGCGCCGACUCGCGACCGCGACGCGAACCUGAGUACAGCCGCGAACACAGGAGAGAGUUUGCCCGCGCGCUGUCCGCAGGUCGCGCGUCCGCCCGGAGGACGGCCUUCUUCUUCGACGCAACAUCGUCAAGCGUGUCUCCGUCUUUUGUAUUUUUGCGCGCCCGAGAGAGAAGAGGAUUAACGCGCACCUCCUCUCGGUUGCCGACGAGUCGCGCGCCGUGGCGGUGUUCGAGCGUCCCUCGCGAGAAAGAGGGUUGUCCGGCAACGUCGUCCGCACUCGAAGUCGCGGUCAGCCUCCGCAACAGCGUGCGUCGUUUCUUUCGGUCUUCAGACGCGGGUAACGCUGAAUGGAAAAGGGCAGAGAAAGAAGUAACGCGAAUUGCGUCGGGGAUAAGAGGCGCGCACGUACGUCAAUUUCGUAGAUUCCUGCUUCUCGAAAACGAACGCUGGAAUCGAACACCCGACCGAGAGUCGAGAUCCUCGCGUACGAACCGCGUUGGCUAAUUCGCUCAAAUACGCCGGACAACCCGGGGAAACGGGAUCGUCGGAACGUUUCUCUCGGUCAUAUUCUCCGAUCCCCCCCCCCGCUUUCGUCCGGUCGCUAGCGACACUCACUCGCGCUACUCGCAUUCGGCGAAUUCGGACGAAGACGAGAGAGAGAGAGAGAGAGAGGGGCAGUCGGACGUGAAGUAACACGUGUCCCAGGGCGCGCGGCGACUCGGCCAUUUUUCUUCUUUUUUUGUAUAUGUACUGUAGUAUACUAGCUGAUAAGACUUUUGUACGAAGCUCGAUAUAUAUAUAUAUAUAUAUAUCGGAAGCGCGGGCGGCCGAGGCCGCGUCGGCAGACGAGGCGCGGAGGAAGAAUUCAUUCGGAGGGCCGGCAAAUUACACGCUGUCGUGGCAAAUAGAUAUACAGGAUACGAGUAUUUGUACUCCCGAGUACAAGUCGAAUAUUUUACGAGUCGAUUUCUCAGGUCGGACUGCGUUAUCGCGUGUGAACGAAUUUUCCUCGUGAUAAGUAACCUCAAAAAUCAACUCCUAAAACAUGCCGGACGGUAUACUUCGGAAGAGAAACACCCUGUAGAUUUAUUCACAACGUCCGCGGCGGAUAACGAGCGGGGAGAUACUCGUCGUGGCUCUCACGUGGCUAUACGGAGGGCAGCGGGGCAAAAGUGAGAAGAGGAGGGGGAGGAGGUGGAGGCGGUUCACCUUGCCGCCACGACGCGGCCUACAGCGGCCCGCGCCUUUUUUUGUGCAUACCGGUAUAUAGACGCGUAAUAUUAGUAAUAUAUAACUCUUCGUAGCGUAAGCGAAAACGAUACCGCAGCCAAUGGCGGGGUGAGAUCGGCGCGCGCGUCUCGAGCGGCCCGCCGACCGACCCGGCGUUCUUUCCGCCGCCGAGAGAUCGACGGUUUCCUUCACCCACGAGGCGGCUCUCACAUAUUUUUUCGCUCCCUUCGCGUCGGACCACCGCCAUCAUCGCGUGUUUCACGCGCGAACGCGGCUGUCCGAUACUCGUCGUGUCGCGGGAGCGAUCGAGCGAGUCGAACUUUCGGAAUCGGCAGAUCAACGUCGAGGUCCAACAGCGCGACACUGAAUCCUCGCGUCUCCUCGACGGCGCGUUCGUGAGAACGGUGAGUUUGUUUUCGGCUUUGUUUUCGCCUUCUUCUCUCGAGAUUCGUCUCGCUUCGCCGAACAGCGCGCGCGUUUUUCGCGAGAAGGUCGGAAGACCGAAGGUGGCUUCCUUCGAUCAAAAGGAGAGUUGUUGUUUCGUUUUUUCUUUCUCACCGAUUUGGAUUUUUUCACCCUGUCCUCGAGAUCUGCACCUUUUUGAUUGCACGAGCAGACGCGGAGCGCCGUAAAGAUGGAUCGCGAUCGUACGGGAACCGCGGAGUCGCCUCGUGGAGUGUGGAGCCGUAACGAGAAACCGGAAAGUUCGCCGAGAGUGAGAGAUUCGAGAAACCCGGAUGGGGACGACGCGCUCCGAGGCGAGAUUCCUCGCGGAGAACGUCGUCGUCGAUCGGCACAUAGGCGCGCGCGCGCGAUCUUGCUCGCGAAGGGAGAUACGCGUACCGAUGAUGACAACACAGGUGCUGAGGGAUGCGUGAUGCGCGUGGUGUCGCGAUGUCAACGAGAGAGAGAGGGAGAGAAAGAAAGAUAUAUGUAUAUAUAUAUACAUAUAAUAUAUAUAUAUAUAUAUAUAUGCAUAUAAUCGCUUCGUUCUCUCGCGACGAUAGCAAUAACCGAUAUCAACGCGCACUCUCAGCUGGGGGAAACAUCAUCGUCGUCGUCGGUUUGCGAGAAGGAAGCAGACGAGAACGACCGGCAAUCUGCGCCCGGUGAUCGAUCGGUACGCGUACGGUCCCGACCUUACGUGGGGGUAUCUCGCCUCGAGUCCGUUGUUUCGGCAGGCCGACGGAAGACGGGUUUCUUCCGCGUGUAUUGUACGCGUAGACGCGCAAAGAGGAAGGCGGAUGGACAACGGGAUGUUCUACGAAUGCCCUCGCGGAACAUCCUCGCGUUCUCUCCAUGGAUACGUCCUUCUCUUCGGCUGUUCGGACGAGAGCCGCGAGAUUCUCGGCUUUUCGGUGACCUCGGCCGGAUCCUUGUCGGGUUCUCCAAACGACGGUGGAAAACCGGCGAGGAACUCGCGGCUCGAUCGCAGGUAAAUGACUCGACGACGGUUCGUCGCGUAUGAAGGAUGCCCGAGGUUCUCCCCGACGAUCGGUCCGAGUGACGGUCUUUCGAUCCUCCGGGAUUCCGCGGGUCGUGAAAUUUCGCAGAAGGGAAGGACGAAAUGGACGCGACGACAACCUCGACGUACCGCAGCGGAUUUUCGCGGACGACUACGUCUCGAGAGGAGAGUGAAGAGAGAGAGGGAGAGGGUGGAAGAAAGAGGGAGAGGCAGUUCUGGUCUCUCUGAGCGGGAAACGGGGCAAGGAUGGCAACGCGAGCGUUUCUCGGUGAUCGAUCGUGCGCACGAUCCGACGCUAGAUCUAGCGGUUGAGAUCCAGCGGCGACGUCGGCGAUCGAGCGAUCGAGCGAACGAGCGAGCCUGCUGAAGUAGGUGAGAUCGUGAGACGAGGCGACGCGAAGAGCGAGGUAAGCGAGCCACGCUUGGUCGCGCGCGCGCGCGCGCGCGGUUAUCGAUAUGUCAAACUUUUGAUCUCAUGAUAUCUUUAUGUUUACUUUUGCGUAGCGAUUAAUUUGACGAUAUAUUCAUAAACUGUCGCCACAGUCGACAUCAGCAAAACUACCAUUAUUCUCUUUUCUACUUCUCGUUAAGAUCUCUGCGCCGUAUCUUCGUCCCCCUUUUCCUCCU